AUGAUUUCAGACAUAUGGCUGCUGGUUUUACUUGCACUCAACGUUAAUGCCAUAUAUGAAGAUCAGGCUGACGUUCUAGAUUGGAAUCAAAAGUUUGUGGGGAAAGUAAAGUAUUCAAAAUUAAAGUUUGAUGGGACUACCCCUAAAAACUAUUUUGUGGGUUCUGAACUCAACGUUAUUAGCUCUAUCAAUUUAAAGGAUGGGUCAAUUGUUUGGCGACAGGUACUUGACGAGGACGGUGAAUUAACUGGAUUUGAAUUGUGUGGCAAUAAGUUGUUUUCUCUUUCCUCCAGGCAUGGGACUAAGCUGCGUGCUUGGGACGUUAAGUUUGGCGGUGUUCUAUGGGAGAUUUUAAUAGAUUCUUCUGAAUCAUCCAGUGGAGACAUUUGGUGUGAUGAAAACUCAGGAAUUUUGGUUGUUGCUUACGAUAAAGGAGUGGAUACCUAUCAUCUUGAAACAGGUGAAAAGCUGCUGUCUGAUAGAAAUAUGAAUUCAAGUUCUCCUAUUCAAAUAAAUAUAGUUUCUGGGAAAACUGAAUCCAGUUCGACAAUCUCACUAGUCGAAAAAUAUCUGGAUAAGAGUGAUCAUCUGGAUAUUGAUACACCUGAAUUAUCUUAUAUAAUUAUCAAAACAUAUCCAAUUUCAAGUUCUGGAUUGCAAUUAACCCCUAUGGUCAUAAAGAACCAUACAAUUCAGUCGUCUGUUUAUAGCCAACACUCGUGCAAUAUAUUCGGGUUACAUAACACACCAACUGAUGCCGUUGUUGUGUGUUUAUCGUCGGGGCGUGGUAAACAGGGAAGUGUGCUUAGAUUUUCAUCUGUUUCAUCGUCGAAUUGGGACGUUAUCACAGUGAAAAGCACCUUUGAAAAUAUGGUUAAGCUAACAGACAAUGAUUUUCUGUUAACCUCUUCAUCGUUGGAGCCUACCACUGGGGCCGUAUAUCAUUUAGAUCCCUCUGGUAUUCCAGUUGUAAAAUACUUUGUCAAUAAUGCUAUGAUUGGAUGUUUGGGAACGCUAAAUGGUCGAUCGUAUUUAUUUACACUUCAUCACAAUUCAAGUCAGGAUUUCAAGAAUCUGGCUCUAAACAUCUAUGAUUUAGAAUCUGGUGAAUUAUCCAAAGAACUACCACCUCGUCAUUUCACUCUCGAUGGUCAUCAUGGUACAAUUGAAUCAAUAUCUGUCAUCAUGUUUACUGAUGCUACUGGUACUCCGAGUUUUCGAUUAUUACUACAUACAGAAGAUGAUGCUGUACAACUAAUCCGACAAAAUGGUAAACAACAAUGGAUUCGUGAAGAGGCGUUAGCAAACAUAGUUGCUGUUGAAGUAAUAGAUUUGCCUGUUUCAGAGUUUCAAGCGAAAAUUGAAGAAGAGUUUAAUCAUGCAAGCAACAACAUUCUGGAAAUGUUUAUUCAACGCUUAAAAACACAAAUGUCUCAAUUAGUUGUAUGGACGAAACAUUGGAUUUCUAACAUGCCAAAUUUAUUCAUGACUAUACUGUCGUCAUCGAAAUUAACCACUUCACUUUUCAAGUAUUCACCCAAUGGUGAUCUAUCAAAACGUAGAGUGCUACCAUCAUCUUCUCCUUCUUCACAUGACUAUUCAUCAAAUGAUCCACCAUCUUUGUCAAGUUUUUCACAUAGUUUUCCACCUAGAUGGCAAUUUUCAUCACAAAUUCCUUCUCUACACAUCAAUAAUUCUACUAACAAUGAUAAUACUAUUGACAAUGUAGAUGGCGAUAAGCUAAAUUUUUAUAAAUCAUCUGAAAUAGAUCCCAAAAUAACGUCAUGGGAUGAAAAACUUACACGUGAUAAUUUCAAUGUUCAUAAAAUGUUGGUUGUAGCUACUUCAGUUGGAAAACUGUUUGGUUUAGAAAGUGAACGUGGUCGUAUUGUGUGGGAUUAUUUUGUCCCAUCUGCAAAACUUUUAGCUAAUGGAAAGCUUGCCCUCUUCCAACAGCGUAAUUUGGCUCAUUUUCCUUUACCACCUAUCAUGUCACUUUUAUUUCGAUCAAAGAUUACAAAUCGACGGGUACUUUUCCCAUUCAAUCCAAUUACUGGUGUUCCAUCACAUGAAAAAGGUAUGGAUUUGUAUGCAUUGAAAUCGGAUAUUAUUCAAACUGUCUUGGAACCUGGUUCUUUAAGCGAACGAUGUGAAUUUAUUAGACCUUUGUUGUUGUUGAGGGCCGAUUUAGACGUUGAAGUUUAUCCAUCUACUUGUGCCGCUAUAUAUUCAUCAUCGGAUUCACAGCCUUUAUAUAUUUUUACUAUUGAAAGUGAACAAGCUCGUCUUACCGGUUAUCGGAUAGUUCCGGUAUCUUCAGAUGGUAAAUCUUUAAAAGCUACACGUGUCUGGCGAAUGUUAUUGAGUCCUGAUUCUAGUCCGGUUAACAAGCACAUCAUUGUCUCUGCAGCUUCACGUCCACCUUCUGAACAUAUUUAUUCAGUUGGUCGAGUAUUGGGUGAUAGAAGUGUUCUUUAUAAAUAUUUAAAUCCUAAUCUCAUUGCAGUACUUACUAUUGGUGGUGAUAUCAGCAGUCAUACAAAUACUCUGGUAAUUUAUUUAAUUGAUGUUGUAGCUGGUCGAAUAUUGUAUAGUGCUGUACAUCGUCGAUGUUCUGAACCUAUUAGUCUAGUGCAUUCAGAGAAUUGGAUUAUUUACACUUAUUAUAAUCAUAAAUCAUUACGCAAUGAAGCUACUGUUAUUGAAUUAUAUGAACCGACUAAAUUAUCCGGGGAAUUAUGUGCUAGUCAGUCAAUUCCAAGCCCUUGGCAAUUAUUUCUCAGCAAUCUUAUUCCUUCAUGGCUGUUAUCUAAUCCAAGUUCAUCAAAAGGAUCUGGUGAUUUAUCGGGUUUUUCACGUUUCUCAUCUUUGUUUCGUGCUAGUGAUGUUGAUGGUUUUUGUGGUUCAACUGGUGAAAAUUCUUUAAUACCUCAAGUUCUACAACAAUCUUACAUACUGAACACUCCACCACGUAGUGGAGCAGUGACUGUUUCAGUUACUGAGAGAGGAAUUACCGCUAAGAAUAUAAUUCUGGCUUUACAGAGAAAUAGUCUAAUUGAACUCCCGAAAUCAUUUUUCGAUCCCCGUCGUAGUUUGGAUAUGACAUCGGAACUAAUGGAAGAAGGUGUUCACCCUUAUGCUCCUGUACUACCAUUUUCCGAUCAAGCUAUGAUUACAUAUAAUCAAUCAAUUAUGCGAAUUCGAGCUAUUCGUACAGCACCUACCGGUUUAGAGUCCACUGGAUUAGUAUUUGCAUAUGGAUUAGAUUUGUUUUUCACUCGAAUAUCACCUUCACAAACAUAUGAUUUACUUAAAGAAGAUUUCGACUAUACUGCAAUAGCUACUGUCACAUUAGGAAUGAUAAUUGCUUCCAUCGUAUCAUGUCGUUUAGCCACAAGACGGGCAAUUCUUAGAGCUUGGGCUUAA